CGAGCGAUGGCCAGGACAUCGCCAUAGCCGCCUGUUUUCGCAGAGGUCGGCACGCCGUCAGACUGGCAAGCAUGUCCGCGUGAUCGCCAUACCAGUACGUCACGCAAUCUGUAUGGCCAGGCGAAGCACAGGCAUGAUCGUUCUCUACAUGUUGUGCUUUCGGGGCGGGUGCGGUUUUACCACCAUGCCCAUGAAUACUUGCGCGGGGACACCUCAGGGAUUUCCGAUGCCACCCAGUGCCAAUGAGUUAUUAUUUGUUUUACGGCUUGUUCCGCCUGCGCAUGCGAACUACAGGUUCCGAUAUCCGACGCAGUAGUAAUGUUGUUUCCCCGCUCUUCGGAUUCGUCGGUUUCGUAUUGUUCCUAACGUCCUUUAUCUCUGUGCUUGCUUGGGGCCAUAAGCACAUCUCACAAUUAUGUUUUCCAACUGCGCUUAUUGAACAAAGCUCUCCCCGAAUUUAUCGGUGUUAGUGUUCUCAAAACUGUUUGUAAUUCCUGGUGCACAUCCAAACGGUUCCGACAGGGGACCUUGCAGUGCCGUCUCGGUUGCAUGGCCAUCGGAGGUGAUCCCAUCUCCCAUUAUCUCACUUGCCCUGUCUUCCUGGCCUCUGCCUCCCGUUGUCUCCCGUCGCUCCCAUUUGACUGGGUUCAGCAUUCAUUUGAAGAUCGCGUGUUCAUGCGCAAAUGCACGCGGUCUUCGGGCGAGCAUCUCCGUGCGCUUGCCGUCUCUCUCUCUCUCUCUCUCGAGUUGUGUUUCAGCACGUUCAACAGUCAAAAAUGAAUGACAUAAUUGAAAGGUCUCAUGCGGAUUAUCUGUUUCAGGUUCGGGCAAGGGCCCUUAGCAGGAGGUCGGUCAUCCUGCGGGGCCUCUUCCAGUAGAGCGAGUUCACCGAAAGAGCUUCUUUGGCGGUCGCCGCCGCGCGCUCCAAGAUGGCCGCGCUGACGGGGCAGGCCGACUGGCCGCUGUGGAUCAGCGAGUUGGGCUGGUCGUGGCCGAUGUCAACCACCCUCAACACGCCGAUGAGCCAUUGCCCUUCGUUUUCGUCGGAGGCCAUGUUCCGUGUUUACUACGAGGGUUUCCUCGCUUGGGACUUGCGCGUCACUUCGGAAGCGCUGCCACCUGACAUGGUCUUCUACUUCACCGUCCGCGAUUCUGACAACGCGGGCUACGAGGAGCAUUUCGGCCUGAUUGGCCGGUGUGCGGACAGCCGGUGCAAGAUGGAAGCUAAUGAGACCAAGCUCACCAUGAAGUGAGAGGAAUCACCGUGCUUGACCGGCGCGCUCGAAAAGCGCGCAUCGGCCUUGCGGUGUCAUCUUCGGCGAGGUCGUUGGCCCGUUUGAGGCUUGUCCCCGCUUCUGCUUGUUGCCAAUGAGUUGCCGCGUGCUUGAUUGAUGUUAAGACCGUACGAUGCUUCCAAAGCCUGAUGGUGGAGGCAAGUUUCGGGAUCGUUGAGCAGGCAACGUGAAGGGCAUGGUAGAAGCUCGGCUGGCACGAAGAAGCAUGAUCGAUCCAAAAAUGGCACUCAGA